AUGUCCUCUUCUGACGAGGAGGCUGUCCGCCGUCCCGGCCGCAGCAAUGGCGUGCAAAGUCCUUCCCAAAAUGAUGGCCAUGACUCCGGCGAUGAGAACAAGAGCCCCUACGGAGCAGGAAAUGAUAAUAUGGAGGAGGACGAUGACGCCGAUCUCUUCGGCUCGGAUGGAGACGAUAACGAAGGAGAAAAUGACAAGCCUCACCGUACCCUAGAAGACGAACAGCUGGAUUCGGGUGAUGACGAGAACCGAUACGAUCGUCGCGAAGACCGCAUGGAUGAGGCACCCGAUCAGGAUGAUUUCGCCGAGACAGUUAACAUUAUGGACGUGGGCCUCGCGCGGGCGCCAGUGCCAGCGACCAAUGAUGGACAGGUAUACACCAUGCGAAUUCCGGACUUUCUCUCGAUCGAGUCGGAGGAGUUCAACCCAGCAACCUACGUUGCGCCUCCAUAUGCCACAGCUGCCACAUCACUCUGUUGGCGCAAAGAUCCCAAAGAUGGAUCUCUUUUGCAGUCAAAUGCGCGUUUCAUCCGAUGGGAAGAUGGCUCCAUGACUCUUCAGCUUGCGUGCGCCCCUCUUGAACAAUACCGCAUUGCAUCCAAACCUCUUUGUCCCCUCACCAAGUCCGGCGAGUACGAUACAAAGCUGGACUCACAUGUUUAUCUUGGCGCCGCAAUAGAAACUGCUUCGCUCUUCCGAUUGACUUCUCACGUCACACAUGGACUCACCGUUUUACCAACAACAAUGGAGACAGACGAUGCCGUCCUGAAACUUCAAGCCUCGUUGGCUGCGGCCACUCGUGGUAACAAGAAGACCGCCGAUGGAUCAGCGCCCGUCAUUGAUACAAUUGAGGAUCCUGAACUUGCUCAACGAAAGGCGGAGCAUCUGGAGAGGGAGGCCUUGCGGGCCGAACGUCGUCGCCAGCAGCUUGCGGAUCGCGAAGCAGACCGUGGACGCCGUGCACCCGCUCCUCGCUCUGGGCCGAGCGGCCUCAGCGUUGGUGGCCUCGAAGAUGAUGGCCUGGCUACACGAGCUCGUGCUAAGCCCCGCCGCCCUAACCGCCGUGGUGAGAUCUACUCUGAUGACGACGAUGAUUAUGGCCGUGGUGCCCGCUCCCGCGAGGAUGAGUACGAUGAAGACGACGGCUUCCUUGUCGGAAGCGAUGAAGAAAUUGAGGAGGUCGAUGAUGAGGAGGAGGAAGAAUUGGAAGAUGAAGAUAUGGAUGCGGAGGGCGAGGUAGAUGAUGAGGUUGCCCCGGCAAAGGCUGCCCGCAAGCCGGAGGCACCUCGUUCGGGAACACCUCCGGCCCGAAAGAAGAAUCGUUAUGUCGUGGAUUCCGACGAUGAGGAGUAG